AUGCCCAAUUCUCUCAUAGCUCGGGUCUACAAGGCAAGGUACUAUCCUAAAUCCUCUUUUAUUGAUGCCUCUAUGGGAAACAAUUCGAGUUUCUGCUGGAGAAGUAUUAUGGCUGCACACGGGUUAAUAUGUGGGGGUGUAAGGCGUAGAAUUGGUAAUGGAAACUCCACCCUAAUUUGGGGUCACCCAUGGAUGCCUGACACCGGGGAUCCAAUGAUUCAAAUACAAAUGCCCCCACAGUUGGCUGGGGCACUUGUCUCUGGUUUAAUUAGUGAGGAUUCUGGUACAUGGGAUCACUCCAUUUUAACUGACAUAUUCUUGCUUGAUGAUGUGGUUUGUAUUCUGAAAAUUCCUAUCUCUCCCAAUUAUGAUGAUACGUGGUACUGGUUUGGUGAUCCGAAUGGAUGCUAUUCGGUUAAAAAUGGUUAUAGAGCCAUAGUUGGGGAUCAUACUAAUCCCCACAAUAGUUUUGAUCAAUGGAACCUCAUGUGGAAAUUGAAAGUCCCCCCUAAGUGA